AUGCUUGGAACGAAGAAUCGAUCUCCACCGAAGACCCUGAGGAUCUACUCGAUAUUGAUUCUACUGCUGGCAGCGCACUGUGGCUCGUGCAUAAAGUGGUUGGCCCUAGGUCGAACAGGGGACGGUCGGAGCUGGACUCGCGAGGCUUGCACAGCGGCCAAGAGUGCAGGACUCCUGGAGCGAAAGCAGGCUAGAGCCUGCAGGACAACCCCUGACAUGAUGCAGGGACUGGUCCAAGCUGCCAAGGACACGUCGACCGUCUGCCAACAUGCCUUUCGACAUCACCGGUGGAACUGCAGCAGCAUCGAAAAGGCUCCUGAUUAUACAGCGGAACUGUUCACAGGAACAAGAGAGCAGGCUUUCGUGUAUGCCAUGUCAGCUGCAGCAGCCGUGUGGCGUUUGGCGAGGUCCUGCGCCCUCGGAAGCUUGGCUGCCUGUUCCUGUGCAAUGCCACCUAGAAGGGAUCCCCCGGUCCCCUCUACCCUGAUCUCUUCAGCCUCGACCUCCGUCUCUUUUGACGCCAUGUUCUCGAAAAACUCGUUCAAGUGGGGAGGAUGCGGCGAUGACGUUAGAUCCGCCUCCAGAAUGGCCAAAAGGUUUCUUCAGGGUUCGAGUCCUCCAGGUGCAGGUGCAACCGGGAAACUCAUGCACGCCGUCAACAUGCACAACAACAGAGCUGGAAGAAGGGCCGUGGAACAAUCUUUGUCCUUGGAAUGCAAGUGCCACGGAGUUUCCGGUUCCUGCAGCUUACGCACGUGCUGGAGAGGUCUCAGCUCUUCUGGACCUGCCAUCGCCGGUGUUCGACUCUUCCGCAGAUACUCCGAAGCUGCGGAAGUCAAAUCUAAGUCUGGUGGGAGAUUGCCGCCUCUUUAUCAUCACGAUAAUCUUCUGUAUACUACAAAGAGCCCCGAUUAUUGUCUCCCGGAUAAGAAACGAGGCAGCCUCGGUACAAUUGGAAGACAAUGCAAUGGUAGCAGUUCGGGGUACGAUGGAUGUGAGUACCUUUGUUGCGGUAGGGGUCACGUCAAAAAAUCGGAAGAAAUUCUCGAAAGAUGCAACUGCAAAUAUUUUAUCUGUUGUUACGUCAAAUGUAAGACUUGCCGAAACGUCGUGACAACAUACGCAUGCAAUUGA